AACACUUUCCUAAGCAGCUAUGAAGCCCUAAUGUCUGGGGAAUUGAAGAAGGAGAUGUUUACUGCCGAAGACAUGUAUCAGGUUGAUCCAGAUGAUAUGGAAGAAAUGGAUCUGAAAUGGCAAAUGGCCAUGAUCACUCUGAGAUUGAAGAAGUUUCAAGACAAGACAGGCAAGCGAUUAGGUCUUGGAAAAGCUGGUUUUGACAAGUCUAAGCUGAGGUGCUACAACUGUAAGAAUCUUGGACACUUCAAGCGUGACUGUCCGAUGUUGAAAGAGGGAAACAGUGAAGCUACUCCUGCUGCUAAACAGAUCACUGCCGAAGAGAACAAAAGCAACGCUUCUCCCAGCACGCCAAAGGCUUUGGUUGUUGAAGACUAUGACUGGAGCGAAGAGAUCACUGAAGCUAAGGAACAAGUCAACAAAGCACUGAUGGCCAAAAUCUCUAGUGAAUCAUCUGCAAAGCACUUUGAGAAGCAGACAACGGGAAUCCCAACUGGAAACAAUGAUGCUGACCAGGGAUUGAAAGGUAUUCUGCCUUCAGUGGAGUCUGGUGAUAAAGCUGAAAAAGAUGCUGAGAAAGGAAAGGAUAAAGUUCAAGCUACAGCCAUGAAAGCAGAUGCAUCAAAAGAGAAGGCUGACAAAGACUUGAUUCCAUUGAGUGUAAAGAAGAUGUGUGCGAUGAUGAUGGAGACUGCGGAGGGUCAAAAAUAGGAAUUGGUUAUUCAGGCGACAGUUUAUUCCACCGUUAACUGGUUCGUCUGGAAUUGUUCUAAAAACAAUGUUAAGGAUGAAUGUAAUAGUUUAAGUAGGAUGGAUGACUGUAAUGGCCAAGUGCCUAAAACUAAAUCUGUGGAUGACUGUAAGGGCCAUGUGCCUACAUUUGAGACCGUGAUCAUGAACCUUAUGUGUCUGAAUGUCAUGGUUUGAAUUAUGCGUG